CAUGCUUCUGUGCGGGGGCCCCACCAUCUACCUAUGCAUGGAUUUUUAAAGUGCACAAAUUGUCAGCUUGCGAAAAAUGUGAGUGACACCUGCAGCAAGCAGAGCUUUAAGACGAAGCCCUGUGCAGAAUGCUUUGUGCAAUAUUACUGAUACUGUAGUUAGUUAGUGAUGGGCUCGGUGUUGACUGCUGUAAGCCGAUGCUCAGCCAAAUCAGAAAAGGGCCUUAAAAAGGCCAUUGCAGUCCAGGAUUCGAUGAAGCAGGGGUCAAAAUACUCGUGAGAGCAAGCACUUGCCUCCAUUGCAUUCCUUUGCCACAUAUCGGUCCGCAUUGCUUUUUCUCUCUGGUGCAUUUGCACAGACCAUGAUGAACCAACACCGAUUCCUUUGAUCGUCCUUUGCAGAGCAAGACACUUGGUGGAAACUCCACACAGCCACGAUGCCAUUCAGCGGGUGCAAUGAGGUGGACCAGUGGAUGCGCCUUUUGGCUCUUUGCCCUUUUGCCAGGACAGGCUGAGGAAGCCAUCCCAGACAAAGUUGGAGUAGAGGUGCAUCUCACCAAGCAGGAGAGGACGGCUCUAAAGAAGUUGGAAUGCAGCAUGUGCAAAGUCAUCAUCAGUGAGAUGCACACAGAGGUGACGCGUCACAGCAUGACAGCCAAAGGUGCUGGCUCUGAAGAGCAAGUUUGGGAGACCUCAAACGCGAUGUGCCUUGCUUUACUGCAGAAGUACGGGCUGAGAUUGGGUGAAACUCCCAGCCUGGAGAAGAAGGCCGAGGAUGACGAAAUGGCGCUGGCAGCAGCUGCUCAAGCCGGUAGACAACAAGAAUUCAUGCGAGCGAUGUUGGUUCUGAAGAUGGGGUGCCAGCAAUGGCUGGAGGAUUAUGGUGGUGAUACGUCUGGGUUUGUGUACAAGUCUGUCAAGGAAGGGUCGCAAUCCCCAGCUGGAGCAGCACAGGAAUUCUGCGUAAGAUCAAGGCUUUGUGGAAAAGCCAAGGAGCGGAAAAAGAAACAGGAUGCAAAAGAGAAAGAGCGUUUGAAAAAGAGGAUGAAGAUGGCAGAGGAGGCUGAGAAGAAAGAACAGGAGAAGCGCAAAGAGGAUCCCAUGAGUUCGUUGCCAGAGGACUCAAAAUUCGGCAUUCAGCGCAUGCUCGAGAUGGCCCGUGAUGAUCCGUUGCACUACAUGGACGAGGAAGCCCAAGAACGCGUGCACAAAGCUCGGGGUGACUUGCGCUGCCCAGUUUGCAGCAAGGUCUUGGAGGAAGCUUUUAACGUGCUGAGCACGAGGCCUAAAAGUCUCCAAAGUGAACAUGAUAUACUCACUGUAAUGGAAAAGAUGUGCACUGGUGGUCCUGACCUAUCAAUGCCCAGCUAUUUUGGUGUGGAGCCUCCACCCUUAGCUGCAGAGUGGACAGAUCGAUGGCGGCCGAAGCUUGACAAGAAAAGCGGCCGCUAUUCUCUGAAGCCUUUUGGAAAGGGUGCGAAGGGACGACAAAAGUGGCGGAAAUUGUCAGAAGAAGGCAAGCAAAAGCCUUUGGGAAUGGAAGAGAAUGAGCAAGACAUGAUUUUGACAAUGACUUGCAAGGACGUUCUCGAGCCUGAGCGGUUCUCUGAAAGUCUUUUUCAGCACAUGGCCUCUUGCGAGGUGAUCUCGGGAUGCAGAGCAGCAAGCGCAGCUGCCAAUGAUGUUUGCCGAGGCGCAGGCGGUGAGCCCUGCGGAGCAAUGGCCUGAGUUGUGCGGAUGUGGGACCAAUGGGACCCACAUGUUUUUCACAUCUUUCCUCCAUGUUUUGCCGUCUUCUUAUGGGCAAAGAUACCAGGAUUCCAAGUCGGAGUUGUGAGCAGCUUGCUAGUGAGAUGAUUGGACGUAGAAGAUCUUAGCGCCACCAGUGCCGCGAACAACGCGGUCGCCUGAUCGGCGGUUAAAAAAACAAAACUGCAAUGAACGCAGAAAA